ACGUAGAGAGGGAAUGCAGUCUCGAGCUCCGUCAUGAUUCCCGCCUUCAGUUCCUUCCUGAAGUGCUAGCAGGAUACGGGAUACCCCCCCCCCCCCCCCCCUCCCUCCUCCCCUUGUCAACAACCAUGGCUGUCUUCUCUUUGCCCUUCAUCGAUGUUGCCGUAUCUGUGCUGCUCGUGAUAUGGGUGGCGGCUACAGCAGCAGCAGCCGCCGCAUCAGCAUCUCCCUCGUGUGCUCUCUCCCCUCCUCCGUCCUCGUCAUUACCGAGGAGGGUACAACGAGGUGGUGGAUUCUCUGCUGGCGAUGGCCGACGAUCACUUGGCUUCGAGCGGGGGAAUCUUCUGAGGGAGGAAGCUCUGUCCGUGAACUUGACAAUCCUGAACACGACGAUUUUAUCUGGCAGUACCGAGUUAAUUGCGCCGAAUACGAUAGUACCGGUGCCGCCCGCUGGGGAACGGCAUGUUUGGGAGAUGGCUUUGUCACCGCGGGAUGGCUCUCUCUUCUUCCUCAUGAGCGGCCGCAUCUACAAGCUCCCAGUUAACGUGGGGCCCGUCCGGGCAAACGCUACCUCAAUUGCGGGGCCAUGGAAUUACACAUCUACUGAAACCGUGCCAAAUGGGAUGGCGAUGGAGGAUCCCGACUUGGCUGGGUCGGGAUUUCCACAGAGCGGCAGCAGCAACUCGUCGCGAGGGAGGAUUCUUCACGUGUCCGAUUGCAGCUCCCUCACUCUUCGAGCCUUCGCUGUGAACGGCGCGGAACUGUUUUCUGGGAGAUACAGAGAUCUUUUUUUCCCGUAUUUAGCGGGAGCGCCUGAGGGAAGCUUUGAGGGAUUAUGUUUCCAGAGUUUGGCGAUAGACAACGCUCGCAGUGUGCUCUAUGCCUCGUCCUCGUACGCUAUCUACAGGUUGAACUUGACUUCCGAUACUCUAAGUUAUCCGGUAAUCGGGCCUGAGACUUGGAUUGGUCCCCCAUUCGCUCCGGAUGUCGUGCAAUUCAGGGACAGCGAGGAGCCUUCCGCAGUGCGUUUCUAUUGGCCCUUCAUUAGCUCGCAUGCCAUCUCCGAAGAUGGGGAACUCAUCUAUGUCGCCGACAUGUUCAAUCACCGCAUUCGGCGGAUCCGCGCCGCCACUGGAGCGGUGGACACGAUUGCGGGAAACGGUAGCAGCAGCUCGGAAGACGGCCCGGCGUUGAACGUGACUUUCAAUUCUCCCGUGGGCCUGGCGCUCACCAGGGACGGCUGCAACCUUUUCGUUGCCGAGCCCCCGGGACUCGAUGCCGGGCCCACGGGCGGAAAUGAAUCCGUACUGCCGGCGGAAGGGUACGUCGGAAGACUCAGAUUGAUUCAGCUGAACAGCGGGGGAGACGCGCUGGCCGUGACCACAGUCGCCAGCUUGAGCUCUCCGUCGCCGAACGAUUCUGUUAUUUCCUCCCUCGCACUCUCUCCUAACGGAACCCUUCUGUACCUAGGACUGGGUAACAUGCAGAUCAUGGAGCUCGACGUCAAAACGGAGGCGUUGUCCUCCUGCCCCGCUCCUUCUCCGGGCAACGGGUCUCCUUCUCAUUCUCCUGUCACCCUUGCUAUCAUAGUAACUGUAACGGUGGCACUGACGUUGCUUGUGGGAACACUGAUCCUCAUUCUAUGGCGAAGAGGCCGGCAAUGGGUGAGACUGCCCGGGGAGCUGGUGAGGCCGUCCUGUGUUUUGAAGCAGUACUCCUGGGAAGAGCUCGCCAAAGCGUGCGACGGCUUCAGCCCGUCGCGGCUUGUUGGAAAAGGCGGAGCUGCAGAGGUCUACAGGGGGGAGCUUGCUGACGGGCAGAAGGUAGCCAUCAAAAUCAUGAAAGGCGCCCAAUUCUCGAAGAGCAGGUUCCGCCAGUUCCAAGCGGAGCUGGAUGUGCUGGCGACGCUGCGUCACAUGCACCUCUGCAUCAUCAUCGGGUAUGGCGCGCAUCAGUCCAAGUCGUUCAUCGUCUACCCAUUCGUCGAGGGCGGUACCCUCUACGAUUGUCUGCAAGGGGCACCCCCGGAAUCCAACCCUGGGGAUGUGGAUGGGAAUGGGAAGCGCGGGCCCUUCUUGAGCUGGAAUAUGCGCAUUUCCAUUGCGCGGCAGGUUGCCAAGGCCCUCCGGUACCUUCACGAGGAGGUGGACCCUCCCGUCAUCCACAGAGACGUCAAGAGCAAAAACGUGUUGCUUGAAUAUGGUGGCGAUCAUGAUUCCGUGAAGGUGCGGGCAUACCUCUCGGACUUCGGGCUGGCAAAGCUCGGGCAGAGUGCUUUCAGCAGCAGCACCCCGCCGCUGCUCGCAGGCGCACAGCCCACUGGAAACGUGACCAACAUUGGCCUCGUGACCUUGGACACGAUAGAGUACUCAGUGACACAGUCCGGCGACACAAUCCAGACGGUCAAUGUUGCGGGCACGAUGGGUUACAUGGCGCCGGAGUAUACGAGGUCUUGCUGGCUGACCUACAAGAACGAUGUGUACGCGUUUGGGGUGAUCUUGCUGGAGCUCAUCACCGGGAGGAAGGCGUUUGGACGAAUGGACAUUUUGCCCGGGCAACAGCAAGACGCCAGGGACGAGACGAAGGGGUUACCCGAGACUCUGACAUACUGGGCGAAGAGAACGCUUCGGAGCCUAGAGUGUCUCUCCGCCUCUGACGAAGAAGAGGGCAGCAGAGCAUACACAGGGGCAGGAGUGGUGACUAUGGCACCCUUGAGAUCGAAGGCCAGCAUGAAAAGGGCGUAUUCCACGAAGAUGAACGGAGUGCAAGAGCUUGCGGACCCUCAGGUGGCAAGCAUCGGCGGGUUCGACUGGGGAGCAAUGGCCGCCGUGCUGAAGUUGGCGAUGGAGUGCGUGAGAACGGACCCCAAACGAAGACCUAAAAUGGGGGAGGUCCUGGAGAGGUUGAACCGAAUCCAGGACGGUGGGUGACAUCCAGCGUAGGUAGGUGGUUGGUAGCAAGCUGGAUGUGCUUUUCGA